GUCAUGUGAUCAGUUGUGUCCAAUCACAGCUGAUCACAUGGGACAUGUACACUGAUCAUCAGAGCACUGAUGAUCAGUGUGCCCUGAUGAUCUGUGUAGCCCCAGCAGCGCCACCUGUCAUUGUCCAUCAGUGCCAGCUCUCAGUGCUCAUCCAUGCCACCUGCCAGUGCCACAUUUCAGUGCCAUAUCUAUGCCACAUAUCAGUGCCCAUCUGAGCUGCCUUUCAGUGCCAGUCAGUGCAGCCUAUCAGUGUGCGUCAGUGCCCAUCAGUGCUACCUACCAGUACCUCCUCAUCAGUGCAGCCUAUCAGUG